AUGAAGGAAUGUUUAAAAGAGCAAAUCCCGAAUGAAUUGUGCAUGAGAUAUGCAAUUAUUUCUCAUAACAUUGAUUUCGUUAUUUUUCUAAUGAAAACAUACAAUAUUAAUAUAGAUUUCGAAUGCUGUUGUGAAUACAAUUUCCUUCAAGGACUUUUAAUAUAUCUUGAUCAAACAAGAAAUUUCAAAAAUUGUUUUCCUGCUGUUGCAAUUAAUUUUACAUUUCUUUAUGACAUCCUUAUUGCUCAUGGUGCCAACAUUAAUGCAAAAGAUUCACAUGAUAAAGAUGCCCUAUAUUAUUCAUUAACAAACAAAUACAAUGAUGUUACCAAACUUCUUAUUUUUAAAGGUGCAAAAGUUAAAAAUAAGAUUGAUAAUUAUCGUGAUUAUUGCCACCUUCAACUUGCAGUUGAAAAUAAUAAUUAUGACAUUAUGAAUUUUCUAAUUGAGCAUGGUGCAAAUAUAAAUUCCAGAUAUUUUAAUGGAAAAUCUUUUCUUCAUUACUCGGCGGAAUUUACUAACAAAGAAAUGAUGAAAUUUUUAAUUGAUCAUGGAUUAGAUGUAAAUACCGUAGAUGAUGAUAAAAAUUCAGCACUCAAUAUUGCAUAUAAGAACAAAAAUAUGGACAGCAUUAAAUUUUUAAUUUCACAUGGUGCAAAUAUAAAUUUAGAGGAUAAAUAUGGACAUUCUCCGAUUUUGGAUGAUGUAACCAAUAACGAUAUAAAAAUGGUUGAAUUUCUCCUCUCAAAUUAUAUUCAUACAAAAGAUAAACGCCCUUAUAGAAAAUCUCCUCUCAGUAAGGCUAUUUAUGGUUGUAAAAAUCGUAUAAUAAAACUUCUUAUUAUGUAUGGAGCUGAUUGCAAUGUAAAAAAUAAAUAUGGGGAAAGUUGUCUUCAUCGAGCUGUUGAAAAAUAUAGAAAAAAAUAUUGUUACAAUUUUAUUAAAUCAUAUCAAAGAUAUAAAUGCAAUGAAUUAUUAUGGACAAACCGCUCUCUCUAUUGCAUCUGA